CACGGAUCUGUGCUGGAGAUGCAUGCUUGUUGCGUCUCUAGUGUUUAGAACUUUGGUUUGACGGCUGCUUGAACGUCAUCAAAAUGAGACUGUCUGGUCCUGCGUCUGCCUAUUACGCGAACCCCUAGCACGUGUUUGUAUACAGCAUGCCCAAGCACCGCAGUUCCCGGGGAGCUGCUCCCCGCCAGCUGCCCCUGGCCGAGCAGAUCCUACAGGAAGGAGCCGUGAAGCCGACAUCUCGGGGUAAAAGGCGGGAGCAGGUGGCAGGGGGCGCGGAGGAUGACGGCUAUGUGGAUGAAAAGUUAUCCAGGAGGAUCCUGGAGCAAGCACGGAUCCAGCAGGAAGAGCUGGAGGCAGAGCAUGGCCCUGGACAUGGGGCUCCCAAGGAGAGGACAACCGUGUUGGGUGAGGCAAAUGAGAGCAUUUAUUGAGUGGAGGGAGGUUGGGUUAGUAAGGGGUAAAUAUAGCGAGUGUCUUUAAAUCAGUACACACACCAGCACCACUGCUAUCACAUACACAGUGAGUUUAGUCUGUCCAUGCAUGCUGGUAGGGGGGUGCUUUUAUAUCAGCCAAAAACAAACAAACUACCCAGUCACAUUAAGUUACAAAUGCACUUGAUGGAGGUUGCUUCUUUAAAUUAAAAUAAUCUGCCAAAAACACUUGCUGCAUUUUGACUCUGUUGUCCCUAAUCAUAGCAUAGGGAAUACUAGUGCAAGUCAUUUUGGUUCUAGUUCAGUUAUCUGUUUUCUAUUGUAAAUAAAAGCUAACCGGUGUAAACACCAAAAAGGCAUGAUAAAUAUACAGCAGUAGUUUUGGAGCAGCUUUGGAACACUGAAGGUAGUGAUGGAGGGACUGAAAAGAUGUGUUCAUGGAGCAAAAAUAAUGCCUGGUCUACCCCUUUUAAUAUUGACAAUUUCAUGUUCUAAACGUUUUCAUUGCUGUUGACAGAUCCUAAAGGAAAAGCGGAGGGUUCAGACUCUGAGGAUGAUGAAUGGCCAUCCCUUGACAAAGCAGCAUCCCUGGACACUGGGAGUUUCAGUGAAGACGUGGAGGUGAACCCUGAGGAUGAAGCAGCCAUUGAGAUGUUCAUGAACAAGAACCCACCAAUGAGGUUAGAGGAGUACUAGUCACAUUGAUUACCUACAUUCUUUAUAUAGAGACUAUAACAAGUGCAUGCUUGCCAUACUUCUAUUGAACCUUGUGUGAAGCAGUAAAGAAAAACAUUAAUUUGGCUUUAGAUGUUCAAUGCAUUCUUGUUGCCAGACAAAUUAUGUUACACAGGGAAAGCUGGAUAUUAUAUAUGAUGUUUUGGAAAUAUUUUGCAGACGGACUCUUGCUGAUAUAAUCAUGGAGAAAAUUACAGAAAAGCAAACUGAAGUGGACACAAUGAUGUCAGAAGUCUCUGGUCGUCCUAUGCCACAGUUAGACCCUAGGGUGUUAGAAGUGUAUAAAGGAGUGAAAGAGGUCAGUGCCUUGCUAAUACUGUGAAAACAAUAUAUAACAGUGUUGUUUGUACAAACUGUGUAAAUGACAAUCUUGCUGAUAUUACAUGGAUACUUCUAAUGUGUGAUGACUUUACAGAUAAUGCAUUGAUCCCCGUGUUUUUGAGAACUUAGUUUUAAAAGAAAUACUUAAAUUAAAAAAAUAAAAUACAUAUAAAUGUGUAUUAUUGCAGGUUCAUGUUUGUGUUAAGAUCACAGCACCACUGUCCAAUCUGAUGCUUCUUAUUAGGGGCACAAAGUGGACAAUACACCAACAAUGCUUUUCAGCAACAUUGUGUUUCCUUUAAAAGGCCUAAACAAUAUAUUAUUGUCACAAGGUUAAGUAGUUAACUUGUUUCAGGGCAGAGUAGACCAGGGCUUGAUGAAUUUGCUUGAAAUCUAGGAGCCAGCAAAAAAAAUUAAAAGCCCUUUUUAUCAACACCAAAAAUACCAUUCUUAAAGGGAUACUAUAGUCACCAGAACCACUACAGCUUAAGUCUAUAUCCUGUCUCUGAAUGCUUUAAAAUGUAAACACUGACUUUUCAGACUAAAGGCAGUGUUUACAUUGCCGGGUGACACCUUUUAGUGACGGUCACUCAGAUGACCUCUAGAAAUUCUUCAUACUGUGCAGCUCCUAAGUUAAUGUUCCUUAUAGGGAUGCAUUGAUUCAAUGCAUCAGUAUGAGGAGAAGUUGAUUAGUGCAGUGGCAUUUUGCCGUGCAUGCGCACUAAUCUCUGUGAUAGAGCUCCCUGUAACCCAGCUGGCUACCCCCGUCAAGGUCGCUUCCUAGCUUUCCACCGGGACAGCUUGGCUCGGGUCUCUGUGUCACUUCCCGUCCUGGGUACAGGUUCAAGUGAUUAAGCUCUCCUGCAGAGAGUAUAACUGACCUAAACAUUAGGACUGAGUGAAGGGUGAAAAUUAACUGGUUUAUUCAGGCAAGGCACACAUAAUUUAUACACAGCCUCCAGCAUGGAGUCUCAGUUGUAUUCAAUACAAGCCCAUCCCAGAGAUCUGUUUCUGGAAGAUAAUUUGAUUUAAAUACUGGUAAGGUAAUUAUAUCCCAGGAACAGAGAGCCAAACAUAACAACAAAAGUACCCCAAAAGAUAUAAUAUACAAUAAUCCCACAUGUCAUACAUACCUAAACAGUCCUGAUCCGAGCAUCAAAGUUGUCCAAAUAGUACUCAUAUCCAUGCAGUAUAGGGGAAACAUCACUGGGGCGGACCGGCCGCACAUGUAGUUCUAGCCAAAAAUCGUUCCAGAGCAUUUGGUGCUUUUGCCAGCCAGCUUUUUGGGAGCUCCUAUGGCUGAAAAACACCCCGCCUGGCUCUCAGGGAGUGUUUGUUUCCUUUAUUCUUGGGCACCUUCCCUCCAAAAAGCACUCUCCUGGUGGCUCGCAAAGUGGUUCAAAACACCGGACCAGGUUGUCCGGGAACCGCAAGGUCACCUAGCCAAACUGUUCUAUAAUAUUCGUGGCUAAGUACCGCUGAGGUGACCGGGAACCACAAAGUCCUCAUGGCGAAAUUAGUUCCAAAGCGGUCCCUGCUAAGUACCGUUGACGACCAUUCGCGUGAACAAACCCACGAACGUUCGGGAAUUAGUGUUCGGUUCCAUUAUUGAGAAGGGAAAGUGCGAACCAGGGGCACCAAGGGAAGGCUGCUAAUGACGGCUGGGCAGGGUAACUCCUGAAUAGGGUCUCCGACCUGGACCAUAGUCACGGGGCAGGAGGGCAACUUCCACACUCCUCCAGGAGUUCGUGGCAGACAGCCGUGAACAAGCACGUUUGUCAUAGUCUCCUAAUGCUUUCCUAUGGGGAAGCAUUGGAUUGGCUGAAAUCGUCAAGAUUGAUGAUCUCCGCCAUGGUGGGGCCAGUCGCCGCUUUUCCCAUGUGAUUUGGAGGGUGGCAGGUCACUUAAACAUACACACAUACAGACACUGACUGACCGAACGACAGACACACACACACACACACUCGCUCACUAAUAAUUACUUUUUUUAUUUUAAUUUAAAUCCACACAGCCUCCCUACCUUUUGGAUAGCUGGAGUGGAUAGGCUUUCCCUGGGGUCCAGUGGGGAUUCUGUAAUUUCUCUGCUCAGCUCCCUCUCGUGCAGUUUAGUGAUGUGGGGCCAGAGUGACAUCACUGCAGGAUGUGCGAGGGGGCAGAGCAGGGCGAUUACAGCUCCCUCGCCACCAUUCUAAGUCAGCCGUCCGCCUCCCUCAUGUCUUCAUGAGACGCUCGCACUGUCAUCUGCCCGGGUCCCUCCUUCAGCACCCCAUUACCCUGCUGCCUCACUCCCUCAGCUCUCCAUGAGCUGCCUGCUUGCCUCUGCUCUCAGGCAGCCGGUCACCUCGGGGGAUGAACAGGCACACAAAUCCCAGACGCCAGGACAAAUUUCUUGGGCGCCAUGGGAAGCUGGGAUUUGUCGUGCCCUGGAGUAGACUUUUCAGAACGAAUGCCUUGCCACUUACGGAAGCUGAACGUUCAUUUUAGGUAUUUGUUCCAUAAGCUUUUCUGUCCUUUUUAUGUUUAAGUACUGCAAACAGAAACCCUAUCAUUAGUUCCACUUAUACUAGAUAUAAUAGACAUUAUAUUACAGGUAUGUCUCGGCAUCUUUAGUUAUUUUCUAUAAAGAUUUUGGAGAGAGGUGUUUCCUCAAGAACAUCAGAUGGAGUUAUGUAUUGUUAUAAUUUUUUUGUCAUGGGUCACUGAUCGUUAUAUGAUCAGAGCUCUUGCAGCUUCUCAGCUGACUGUCGUUGUAUUGAUGCUUAGAGCAGGGCUUGACAAAUUUCUUUGAAAUCUAGGAGCCAGCUAAAAAAGUUAGGAGCCAGUUUUUUGUUUUUUUUAAACUAGUGAAGUUUAAUUUAUGAGAAAUAUACAAUUCUUAAAAGGACACUAUAGUCACCAGAACCACUACAGCUUAACCCCUUAAGGACCAAACUUCUGGAAUAAAAGGGAAUCAUGACAUGUCACACAUGUCAUGUGUCCUUAAGGGGUUAAUAUUGUUGUUCUGGUGCCUGUAGCCUUUUCAAUGUAAACACUGCCUUUUCAAAGAGAGGCGCGCGCACGCUGACUGGGAGAGAGGCGCGCGCACGCUGACAGGUCACACCGACAGUUUCCAUUUUAAUUCCCCCAGCCUCCCUACCUUUGGGAGAGCUGAGUGUACUUUCCCUGGAGUCCAGUUGGGCUGCUCUUUCUGCGUGCAAGGGAGCAGUAAUCUACCUGCCGCUCCUCUCUGCCCCCUGUAGUGAUGCCGGAAUGACGUUGUAUUCUGGCUUCUGGUAUCACUAUACAACGCAAGGAAGCAGAGAGGAACCGCUUGAAGAUCACUGCUUCAUUGCACGCUGCCCCAGCCGACCACUAAAUUGCUCCCCCGGGCGGCCGUCUGCUCGCUUCCCGGGCGGCUGUCUCCAUGCUCCUUGAGCUUGCCGUCCACGCUCCUCAGGGCGACCGGCCGGCUCCAUUGUUCCCCCAUCCUGCCUUUAGCUAAAGGGCUUCAAGUCCCAGGCGCCAGUGCAACAUUUCUAGUCGCAAUAGCGACCUGGUGCCUGGGAUUUGUCGAACCCUGGCUUCGAGCCGAUUUAAUAUUUAUUAACUCUAAUAAUUGUCAGUGCCAUUCUUAGAAUGAUAUUGUUUGUUUAUAUGUGCUGACUUCCUCUUUAAAUACUGAUAAUCCUUUUUAAUGAUGACAAUGCUUGGAUGGGAAUCCUUGCUCUCAACAAAGAUCUAGGGCUAUAAAUUAAUUUUCUUCAUAGACAUGCAGCCUGAUCUUGGCACACUAAUUUCUAAAGAGCAGAUUAUGAUUAUUUAAUGUUGGUGUUUUGGAAGGGACUGAUAACCUAUAUGUGUUUUUAUUCAUCACGUUUCACUUUACAGGUUCUAUCAUCUUACCGUAGUGGAAAACUCCCCAAGGCUUUCAAGAUUGUCCCUGCUCUUUCUAAUUGGGAGCAGAUUCUGUAUAUAACUGAACCCGAAACCUGGACUGCAGCAGCCAUGUACCAGGCCACCAGGUGGGUGUUCUUUCACAUCUAUUAAUGUCCUAAUUUCUGACACAUUUUCCACUCUUUCAUAAGUGCUUUGGAGUGCUAAUGGGCAUAUCUUAAUGAUAGGUCCUUCCUAAUACUGGAUACACUUUAAAGGAAAACUUCACACUUUAAAAGUCCAAAAAACUAAAUGUUGUGGAAAAAUAUAUUAACAAAUGUAAUAAUACUAGUUCUAUUCUUUUCUGCAGACUAUACCCCAGGGAAAGAUACAAAUUUUUAUAUAUAUAUAUAUAUAUAUAUACACACACACACAUACACACAUACACACACACACAAUAUUAAGAAACAAUAUAUCAAAUAGUCACUCAUGGAGUUGAGAGCUGUGAAAUGAGCUACAGCUUUUUAGUCACUGCUUCGGAAUUUGUAUAUUUAUUAUCUUCAAAUAGAUAAUUGUCUCUUAUGUACCUGGAAGCAAAUGAAAAAGCUUUGAAAUGUCCUGCUAUUUAGAUAUUUAUAGAAAGCCAACAGAUAGCUUCUUGAUCGAAGGGGAUAUCAGACUGCCAUUCUGGGGUCAACAAGGAUUUUUUUCCCCUAGUUUGUGGCAGAAUUAGAAAGUUUCAAACUGUUAUUUUAUUUUUUUUCUUGGAUCAACAGCAAAAACAGAUGUGAGGCUGAACUUGUUAGACGUAUGUCUCUUUUCAGCUAUGUAAAUAUGUAAGAUCUAUUAUGGUUCAACCCAGGCCCCAAAGAAAAUAAAAUUAAAAAAUAUAUAUAUAUAUAUAUAUAUAUAUAUAUAUAUAUAUAUAUAUAUAUAUAUAUAUAUAUUCUCUCUAUCUGGCAUAGCAAGCCACAUGUGCCCUCCAGCUGGGCUGAGACCAAAUAUAGUAGUCUUCCCAUUCUGCUAAAUCAAUUGGCAUGUGUAGGAGCAAAUCUAGUCCCCAAAGUUGUUCCUUGCACCAGGAGAUUUAAAUCAUUAUUAAAAUGUACAAAAACACAAUAUGGCCAUAUAGUGACACUGAAUCCCCAUAUUUGUUUUAUGAAAUUGGCGAUUUUAAGUAGCCUUAUUGAAUUUAGAAAUGUAUUUCAGUGCGCUAUUCCUUAAUCUGUAUUAUUUAUACAUUUUGGUCGCUACGGCAGCACCAUUCCUGCAAGAUGCAUGUUUAGGGUGUGCUUUCAAUUACCUUUUGUAUUUUGAGUUUAUGGCUUGGUUGAUUUUAGUAUGUUUCACCUUUGCCUAAAACAGAUUUUUAUAUUUAUUUAUUUAUUAAAUUAAGUACUUUCUUAUGUUUGGCCAGCAAGGUUUGAAUUAAAAAAAAAAAUAAAAAAAUCUCUGCUGUCCUAGAAAAAAAUGAGGGGGAUUCAUUUUGCAGCUGUGGAAAUUAUUUUUUGGAUAUAGUGUAAAAGCAGUGAAACAUGACCAGUUAUUGUAUUAUGACACAGUCCUAUAUCAUGCAUCCAACCAACCAACCAAACCUUUUGAAAGGAAGUUUUUGAAUCCAUUUGGGAACUGGCAGAUGGCAGCUGAUGUAUUAUUUAGGAUAAUCCCCAUUUGUCUUUACUUUAUUACCAUCUUUAGUUUUAUGGCUAACCCUGUCCUAGUUGUUUGUGUUUUUUUUUUUUUUUUUUAUAUUACAUGAGAAGGAAUUGGAAAAAUAUGUAUGUGGCUAUUUUCCAAUCUUUAUAUUUGGGUAAGGGACUUAUUUUGCUUUCUAUAUUGCCAUUUAGUAACACUUGUUAAUGUUUUCUUUUUGAUCUGUCCCCAGGAUCUUCUCUUCCAACUUGACAGAGAGAAUGGCUCAGAGGUUCUAUAACCUGGUCUUGCUUCCUCGCGUACGGGAUGACAUUGCUGAAUAUAAGCGCCUCAAUUUCCACCUCUACAUGGCCCUCAAAAAGGCUCUUUUUAAACCCGGUGCCUGGUUUAAAGGUAAGUGACCGAAAGUGUUUUUAGCCUUCAGAUAUUGAAAUCUUCUAAUGUCAUGGAUAACCAAAUGAUAGCUUUCAGAAUCUUGGGGGAUGCAUUUGCACUCUAAUCACAAAGUUGUUGUAUACUGCUCUGAGGUCAACAGAUGCAGAAAAGACUUCACCCAGCUUAUAAACCAACCCCAAUUCCCCAAAAAACAAACCACAAAGCUAGCAUUAGUGCAUGACAUGACUUGUUUGUCUAUCCAGUUGAAGGUACUUUUGUGGUAAACACAACCCUGUUAUCCAUCUAGGUAUCCUAAUUCCACUCUGUGAAUCUGGGACAUGCACACUGCGAGAAGCUGUGAUCAUUGGGAGUAUCCUCACCAAAUGCUCCAUCCCUGUCCUGCAUUCAAGGUAUGUGGCCCUUUUUCUGUGAAACAAGCCAGUGCGUCAAGAAAUGGACAAAAAUUAAGAAAACAUUUUUUAAAAAUAUUGUGUAGUAUAAAAACAAAUGGACAGAUGAACAAAAUAAUUAUUUAGUGAUUUCCUUCAGCCCUUGUAUGAACCCUAGUGCAUGCUUUUUGGAGAACACACUCUACUGUUUCUGGGAUUACCAGUCUUAUGAAUCUGAAGCUUGUCACUCCAGGAUAUCACAGCUUUAGAAUAACCAACAGACUCCUUUAUACCUCACCCUAACCUAUUUAGAUGUCACGUAUGGUAAAAGUCCAAUUUGUGCACAUAUGACAUUUUGAAAGAAAAGCAUCUUUUGAGUAAACUUGUAUUAAUCUGUUGCUUUUGCCUGCAUCUCCAUUGGUGGUUGAACAAGGUUGAGGUAAAAUUGGGCAGAGUGCAGUAAUUAAAUCUUUUUUUUAAGGACCUGUGCCUCCUCUGUCUCACACUCCAGCUUAUAUCCAUUUGUUUCCUUCCAGGCUUCCUCUUUGAAACUCUUGCUUUCUCUUUAGUAUAUUUUUGUUUGUUCAAGUUUUAUUUGCUGUGUUCCGUCUUCCUGGUGGGAGAUGUUGAUUCCUGGUGGUUUAAGAGGGACUCCUCUACCACUGAUCUCCUGUUGUACCUCAGUGAGGGUCUAUUUGGUCUUCUGCAUUUUUUUAGUAUGAGUGCCACUACAUAUCUCCUACCGGUUAUGUCACAGUGAUGGUAUGAGGAACUAAUGAUUUCACAACUUUACCAAGACAGCUGGAGGUCGCUACAUAUUGUAAUGUUCACCCCAGAGCAGAAGUGGGUAAUUUCUAUGAUUUCUAAAGUCUGGAUGUGGUCUAGAACUAGUGAUCUACAUCUGUACCAUAACGUUAAAAUGUUUCCAUCCCCAUCUCUAAAGGACACCAUUACCAAAUGUAAUAACAUAACAGCAUAAUUUUUUUUUUUUAAAACAGUCACCUGAUCUUAUUUUUCCCAUUUACAGUGCUGCUAUGCUGAAGAUUGCAGAAAUGGAAUAUAAUGGAGCAAACAGUAUCUUCUUGCGUUUGUUGAUUGAUAAGAAGUAUGCUCUUCCUUUCCGUGUUUUGGAUGCUCUAGUUUUUCACUUUCUUGCUUUCCGUUCAGACCGGAGGGAACUGCCAGUGCUGUGGCAUCAGUGUCUUCUCACGUUGUGCCAGCGAUAUAAAGAAGACUUGUCCUCUGAGCAAAAGGAGACCUUGCUAGAGUUACUGCGCAUUCACUCACAUCAUUCGAUAUCGAAUGAGAUCCGCCGAGAGCUUGCAAACUCAAAGUGCCGAGAUGUAGAGGGGGUUGCACCCAUGGGCAUUGACUGAGACUGUUCAGUAUUAGCUGGCGGAGCGUGUGAAUGCAAAUGAUAAAGCUUUAAUGACUUCUGAAAUUCAGUUAGAAGGCACGGACUGUUUGCAGUAUGUGUUUUCAGGUCGAAGAGUAGUAAUGGUGCAAAAGAUUAUUUAUUAUACCUUUUAUUCAUCUUAGAAUUUUGGGUGAUGAGAUAACAUUCUCUGGACAGAUAUAAAUCACAUGUCUAAAAUGUAUAGUCCAUGUCAACCUAUAGAUAUUAAAGUACUGUGCUCCUUUUGAGCAUGGUCCUUGAUAUAAUUAUGUAUAAAUAUUUUUACCAUCUAUGGCAAGUUUGAACUUUCCAUGCAUUAAAAAAAAAUUACACAUUAA